AUGGCUCAAGUGUUAGAUAGUUUUAUGAAUAAACCGGUGAAUAUUGUUACAAACGAUGGUCGUAUUAUCAUUGGAACAUUAAAAGGUUUUGAUCAAACAAUAAACUUAAUCUUAGAUGAUAGUCAUGAACGUGUAUUUUCAUCAACCGAUGGCGUCGAACAUGUUCUAUUGGGUUUAUAUAUUGUGAGAGGAGACAACGUGGUAUUAAUUGGAGAAAUUGACGAAGAAGUAGAUAAAUCAAUUAAUUUCUCACAAAUUAAAGCUGAACCAUUAAGUGCAGCCAAAACAUAG